AUGAAAGCCUUCGUGAUAUUCUGCGCAUUAGUGGCGGUGGUGUCAGCAGGUGGUGUCUCUAAAGACAACCGCAACAAGCGCAGCUUUUGGCCUGCAAGCGGCUGGCCCAACGGCGGUUUCUAUGGCCACUACGGCGGAGGCCAAAACGGAUACUUAGGUGGAAACAACCUCUACGGAUCCGACUGGGGAUCAAGCAAGUCCGGGUGGGGAUCAGGAUCGGGAUUAGGGUCUGGCUGGGAAUCAAGCAAAGCCGGAUGGGGAGUAGGGUCGAACCUAGGUUCUGGUUGGGGAUCUAAUUAUGCCCCUAACUAUGGUUUUGACCAGAACGUCGGCAACAAAGGCUAUUUCUACUCUGCCCCUGUAUCUAGCUACAGCUAUGUCGCUCCCCAAUCUGAAUACAGCUUCAGCGCACCCUCGACUGGAUUUGACUACUCCUCAUCUUCAAACGGCUACAACAACUACGUUCCAUCAAGUAGUUACUCAAACGUUUACUCCGUCCCUACCAAGACUUUUGAGCUGCAAGAAUCUCACUCUGGUCCAUCAAUCUCCGUGGUCCCAUCAAUAGGCUACACUCUACCAACUAAAACGUACGUCGAAAACCCAACAGUCCAACAACAGAGUCACAAAGUCAUCGAAGUAAGAAAAGUUGUGAACGUACAACGUGAGGUAUUAGUUCCUCAGGUUGUCCAAGUCAAGAAGAUCAUCACUGAGCCCAAAGUCAUCAUUGAGAAUCAAGUCGUCCCAGUCAUCACAACUUACCCCAGUGGUCACAACGGUUUUUCUAAUUCGUACGCCAGCAGUUCUUCUGGUAAUAGCGAAAUCACUUUGCCUUCCUCUAGCAGCAGUAACGUCAUUGCAUCAAGUAGUCAGGGCUCUUCUGUUCCCUCUGUCAGCAACUCUGCAGUGUACAGCAGCGGUCCGGCUGAUGCGAAUUCCGACGUUUCUUCUUCCAGCAGCAUCGCUUCGUCCGGUAGUUCCACUUCCUCCGUUAGUUCAGUUUCCGGCAAUUCUGCUGUGGCCAACAGUGCUUCUUGGUAA